CUUGAGCGCAUGUUUGCACGGUAUGAAAACAGAGUCCUUCACGAGCAACACGCUGGUCAAGCUUACGUUAUCUAAUGUGUUUUUUCUUUCUGGUCUUCCUCCUCCUAAUGGCGGCGUGUCUUUCCCAAACCUCAAAACGCCUUCUCUCGUUUCGGUUGGGUUUGAGCCUUGUGAGGUGUAUGAGUAUCUCAUCUCUGGCUGCCCUGUGCUUGAGGAGUUAUUCAUACGCUAUGCUUCUCCCUCGGAGUGUAGCUGGAUGGUUGUGAAUCAGUCCAUCACAGUGUCUAGUCCUUCUAUUAAGAGAAUGUCCAUCUCUUACCCUUCUCGUGAUUACUGGGAGCGUCCCGCUAGUGAGGUGUUUCGGACACCGAGUCUUGUCUACCUUGACCAUUCUGGUUACGUGGCGGGACAUUAUCAUGUUGAUUUCACCUCGCUUGUUGAAGCUAGACUGGAUCUUAGACGGGAGCGAGUUUUAGCUGCGGAGGAGGAUGGUAUUGAUGAUUCUAGUGACGGUGGUUGGGAUGAGGAUGUUUAUGAUGAAGAUGGCAGUUGUUUUGGUGUGGAGCAUAAUGCAGAGGUUCAUGAUGAUGUUAUAGAUGAUGAUGCUGAUAUAGAUGAUAAUGAUGCUGCUGAUAGUGAUAGUGAUAGUGAUGGAGAAGAUAGUUUGCCUGAUGUUGUGAAUCUGGUUGAAGGGAUAAGCAACGUUAAAACUCUUCACUUGUCUCCUUAUUUUCUUGAGGUGUUUGACAUUUGCUGUAAAUCGAUGCAGGUGUUUCACAAGCUCCUUACUUUGUCUUUUGAGAGUGACAAAGAAAGAGGAUGGCAAGUGGUGCCACUUAUUCUCAAAAACUCUCCAAACCUGGAAACUUUAGUCAUCAAGGGUCUUGUGCACCAAGUUACAGAUAAAUGCGGGGACGCCUGUGUUUGCAUAGCUAAGAAAAAGAAGAAGAUGGAGGAGGAGGAGAAAGUAUGUUGUUUAUCGACUUGUCAAGUGAAGGUGCUAAACAUUUCAGGGUAUGGAGGGACUGGUAGAGAGCGAAAACAGAUGAGGCAUUUCUUGGGAAAUUUGAAAUGUCUUGAAACUGUCAAGGUUGGUCUUGUAGCUGAGAAUCACCACGAAGACAACAGUGUUAACAAUCACUACCAGAUAAUCACCAAUGCUCUUACUAAGCUUCCCAGAGCUUCAUCAAAUUGUCAAAUCCAUUUCUUUUGAUUUCCCUCUUAGGAACCAAAUCAUUAGCAUGCUUAAUGAUCUUUUAGAAGAGAAACUCUACCUUUUCUACUAGAAUAAUCAGAAUUCAUAUUUACUUGAGAGCCUCAGUUUUGGGAAUAAGUUAUGAGUAUGUCUCAAAAGACAAUGCAUUUGUAGACGAUAUGCUUCAUCAUUUCAAGUAAAAAGAUUCGGGUGAAAAA